AUGUCAUCAUUCACUUCGCUUGGUGUCAAGAAAGGCAGUACACGCUUUACACCCAAAGCAAAAGCUCGUCCUAGGAAAUCAGCAACACAGAGUCAGGAUCAGUCGCCGAAGGAUCAGUCGCCAAAGGAUCAAUCGCCAACGACCCAUGUAAGCAGUCAAGCUGAAUCGUCGACCGAUACAACACCAAAAGAGUCCAUUGCACGAAGGCCAUCAGUGGGGCAUGCGAUAGUACCAACCAUUCAAAGCAGCAGCUCUUUACCACCUACCAUUUCAUCCAGUGCUGGCAGUAGCUCUUCGUUGCCACCUACUAUUGCAUCCAGCAGCAGCAGCAGCAGCAGCAAUAAUGAUUAUCAUACAAGUCGAGCAGCAACAUCAAUAGCUGUUGCUACACCUGAGGCUGCACCAUCACCUACACCAUUCGAUGAGACACCUGUAGCCACGCCGUCUGGUACAGCGCAAACGCCUACACCAUUUGAUAUGACACCACAGACCGUGGUUGAUACACCUUCACCAUUCUAUCCUGGUACACCGGGUCCUUUUCGUCGUUCAUCCGUUUCCAGUAACACAAGUGAGACGCAUCAUGAAACACGCAGGAUAUCAUUCUCGUUAAAACCUGAACAGCGAUCACCAUCACCAUCACCACCACCCUCACUACCAUCAGUACAGCCAUCAAUACAACAACCACCAUCUAUAUUAUCAUCAUCGGCAUCAUCAUCAUCAAAAUUCUCUGGUAGACGCAAUGUGGCAAGACGAGGCAAAAAGUUCAAAGGAGCACCACCAUCCACUAGAAAGCGUCCUGAUGAACUCACAUUUGUAAAUGAAAAUGAGCGACACAUACCUCCACCAUCACCAUCACCACCACCAAGAGAAGAAGAAGAAGAGGAAUAUCAACUUGAACUCACCCCAGAACCUUCACCUGGUCCAUCCAUUCGUCAUCGUCGUACUACUACAGCAAAACGAAGCAAAAGUACCGCCAUUGAUGAGCCGGGUCGUAACAAAGGAAAAGGGAUUGCCAUUGGUGUUCCUGGUGUUAGCAGCAGCAGCAAAAGGAGACUCAAUGGACAUCGACACUCUAUGGAUUCUGAGGAUGAGGAUGAUGAAGAAGAAGAGGAUGAACUUGGUAGUGAAUACGAAGACAGCGAAUAUGGUGAACAACUUCGAAAGGAGCUGAGACGCCAAAAGAAAAAGAAACGUGAGCUAAAGGAUCCAACCAAAUGGAAGACGCUUGAAGAUAUCAACGAUGAUCCAGCACCUCCCACUUUUCUUGAUCGAAGCAUGUCCGAUUUCGUCAACGAUUUGGAGACUGGUAUCGUAUCCAAAAUCUACAAGGAGAUGGAAAUUGAACGCCUCGCCAACAAAAAACUUGCUCAGCAAGCCGACACAUUAUCACCCGAAGAACGUGCACGUCUUGAAGCGACAAAACGAGAAAAUGAAGAACGGCGACAACGAGAAGCGGAAGAGAGACAACGUGAGCAAGAACGAAGGAGGGAAGAGAGUAGCAGUGUGCUUCAAGAAUCGUCGCAUGCGCCUCAAGUUCGGUUGAUCAAUGGCCAAAUUGUUUUGGAUACAGACUCGCUUGUCGUGGAUCGUGCCAAUGAACACGCCGUGGUGGAUACCAGUGCCAUGGAAGUCGUCGAAGAAACCAACAUGACGCGCAAACUCAACAGUCAAACUUGGGGUAAAAAGAGCCAUACAGCACGGUGGACACCUUAUGAGACAAUGGACUUUUACAACGCCAUUGCACAAUUUGGCACUGAUUUCACUAUGGUGGCCCAUUUACUUCCUGGACGGACACGCAACCAAGUGCGCAACAAGUUUAAUCGAGAAGAGAAAAAGCAUCCUGAAAGGAUCAAGGAAGUAUUAUAUCGGAAGCGGUUACCAAUGGAUAUGGAGACCGUCAAAAGAUCGAUUGGCAGAGACUUUGAAAUUGUACCUGACGACUUUCAUGAUCCUUCUUCCAUGCUCGAUGAAUCAUAA